UACAUAUUUGUGACUUAUAUUUAGAAUUUUGUGUUAAAAUAAAUAACUCAUCAAGUAGAAUUAUGUUUAUUUAACAAACAAUAUUAGUUUUGUGCUAUCGAAUCAAGUACUGCUAACCUAUAAGAAAAUGAAUUUCGCUAAACAAUUAUGGCGUUCAACACCAGCCCUUCGAGGCGCAUUUGUGUUAAACUAUUCACCUUUAAGACAAAUGUCGGCUAUUUCAAUACCUCUGAAACCACUAGAAGGCGUACCGCCAAGCGCUGUAGAGCUGGAUAAAUUAUACAAACGCGUAGAGCUUGAGAUGAGAGGCAUAGAUCCUGCUGUGUUAUUGAGCUAUUCAUGGUUUUGUAUUGCUGCUGCAUCACAUUUAGGCAUUGAGGUCACCAAAAGUUGGACUCUCAGAAAAGCUGAAAAGGAAAGACAUACAUUGCUCCGUUGUGUUCAUAUUUAUAAAAAGCACCGAGUACAAUAUGAAAUCAGAACUUACUUUAGAUUUUUACACAUACAACGAUUAACAGGCUCUACUUGCGAUACAUAUUUGGAGUAUAUUGAAAGAAACUUGCCAGAAGGUUGUGCUCUGAAAGUUACGAAAAUUGAAUGUCAACAUUUACCUGACCAUAUUAAACCCCCGACAGAGGAAUAACUAUAAUGUGUAGUGUAGCUUAGUAAAUAAAAGAACAUCAACAUUGUUAUAAUUUUA